CCAUGUCCUUACGUAUCCAAAACCUCCUCUUUUGCUUCUUCAUUCUCAACCAACGCUUUCUGUUUCUCUCUGUUUCUGCGUCUUCUCUGUUAGACAUAUAGAUAAAAAGAUAAAGCUUAAAAAAAAAAAAAAAAAAAAAGCCCAUUUCAGGCAAAAAGCUCUUGGGUCGAUUUUAUUUUAUUUUUUAAAAUUUUUUAGCUGAAAAAUUGAAAAUCAUUACCAUGGAGAUUCCUGUAAUCAAUCGAAUCGGCAAUUUUGAAUCCGGCAUAACCACUUUGCAAAACCCGUCUUUUCUUUCCCAGAUUAUUUCUCUUUCUCACAUCGAGAAGGUUUCUGAAGCAUACAGCUUCUGGAAAUGGGGCGCUUUGAUCAUCGCCGUGGUUGCUUCUUUCGGCACCAUAGUCAGUAGGAUCAAGAUUCUGGCAAUUAGACUGCAGCAUCGUUAUUAUACUGCUGUAGCUUCUGAACACUCUCUUCUCAGAAAUCUGGUGGAUGACGAUGAAUACAGCAGCGAAAGCGACUACGAUGCUGGAGACGACGACGACGCCGUUUCCUGGUCAUCGGCGUCUUCUAUUUCGGAAUUCGAUGACGACGAGGCUGCUUCUACUUCCGAUGUUGAUUCCCACUGGAGGACCGUCGAAGAAAAUUUUCACGUCAAAGGAUCUGGUCAUUACGUCGAUGACCAUUGGCAAAACCGUAAUUUGAGGCUCCGACGGCGUAGAAGCUUUACGGAGAAUCGGUUUUCCUGGUCCGAUUUUGCUAGCGGCAAGAGCGUCGUCAAGCUCUGGGACAGUUUGGGAUUGGGGUUGGACAUCGACGGCACAUCGGGGAAUGUCGUAUCAAUGUACGACAUGGACAAGGAGCAAAAGAUUGGCACCAUCUUCGGCGGGACUCCGGCGACCGCCACGUCAUCUCCGGCGUCGCUACUGUCCGCCGGGACGAACUCUUCCGGGAACGUCUCGUUCGGCCUCUGGGACACGCGCGACGGUUGUCGUAUUCCGGCGAUAUUCGCCGAGUGGGGACCCCACCUGGGUAAGAUCGUGGGAAUCGCAUCUGACGGCGCCGAGAAAGUUUACGUCAGUGAUGAUGUCACCGGCGGUUUUACGGUCGGAGAUUUGAGGAACGUAAGCUUGCCGAUAAAGAGUUUAACGGCGUCUGAGGUGGAAAAGACUUGGUGGGACACCGACGCGGUUCUCGUCUCGAACGAGUGCUUUGACGAUUCAGCAACUGUGACUGGUCGCGGCUCAGCCGUGACUCGUUGCUGUGACGCGGUUCGGUCUUAUCUGCUGUAGACAAGGUUAUAUCAGUAAAUUCAAUGGGACGGACAAAAGAAAAAAAGAAAAGAAAGGAAAAAUUGUAUGCAUAAUUUGUAAAUAAUUUUAUAAUUAUUCUCAAUAAUUUAUGGGGUUAUUUUCGUUC